AUGGAGUCUUCUGUCUUCGCAUCGCUUUUUUCGCAACUCCUCAACUGGCUCGUCACCGCCGCCGUCCUCCUCGCCCUCGAAAUCGCAGCUUUUUCGCUCUAUCGCCGCCUCUGCCGCUGCGCGCCUGCGGCGCCGCUGCUGCUGCCGUCGCCGCCGCAGCGGCACAACCCUUCGCCCUUGAUCGAGCGCUGGGAGGCCCCGCAGCCCAGCAGCAGCAGCAGCAGCAGCAGCAGCAGCAGCAGCAGCAGCAGCAGCAGGAAGCGGCGCAACAACGGCGAGCUGCUGCAGGCGCUGCAGCUGCAGGAAGACCCCCUCCCCAGCGGCAGCUGCUGCACUGCCCCCUGCUGCAGCGCGCAGUUCGAAGACUUCGGCGCAGCAGCGCAGCAGCAGCGGCAGCAGCAGCAGCAAGAAGGCACUCAGAGUCUGUUGUCUUGCUUUUGCCUUCAGAAGUGCCAGCAGCAGCAAACUUCUGCUGCUUCUGUUCUCCGCUUUGUGCGGCACUGCACGAGCCCUGAAGACUAUGAGCGGCACAGCGCAGCACAACUUGCUGCUCCUGCUGCUGCUGCUGCUGCUGCUGCAGCUCGCAGCAGCAGCAGCAGCAGAGAGGUCCUCAGCGCUCUGGAGCCCCACAGCCAGCAGCAGCUGCUGCACGCAACUGGGGUUGGAGACAGCAGAAGCGACUGCAGCAGCAGCAACAGCAGCAGCAGCAGCAGCAGGACUGAAGAGCUGGAAGAUCUGCGCGAGAAAGAUAUGCUGCAGCAGCUGCAGCACCUGGAAGAAGAGCGGGAGCAGCAGCAGCAGCAGCAGCAGCAGCAGCAGCAUGAGAUAAGCGGCAACCAGCUGCAGUACCUGGCAAAUGUUGAAGCCAUUCCUCUGCUGCAAAGGGCCCAGAAGCUGCGGCAGCUGGAGGUUGCUAUUACUGUUUAUGAAAACUUCAAAAGAAGAAAUGCAAAAAUGCGACAAGACGUUUGUUUGCUGCUCGUGCAGUGUGCUCUCGCGUCUGGGGACUACGGACGGGGCAUUGACUGGCUGCUGGAGUUUCUCGAAGAUGAAGUGCCUUUGCAGGGAGUUUGGCUGGAGAGAGUCUUAGCAGCAACUUAUGUGGGGGCCCCACACUUGCUGCUGCAGCUGCUGCAGCAGCUGCAGAGUUUGCUGCUGCGGGGCAAGCUCAGCGCCGACUGCAGCAGCACUGUGCGAAAGGCCGACAGCUACUUGACGCUUGCUGCUGCUGCUGCUGCUGCUGCUCCCAACAGCCCGAACGCGCCGCCCGUGAGUCCGCUGCAGCAGCAGCAGCAGCAGCAGCAGCAAAGGGCCCGGAGGCAGCAGGUGCUGCAGCAGCUGCAGCAGCUGCAGCAACAGCAGCUGCAGCAGCUGCAGCAGCACACGCUGUGGACAGGCCACAGCAGCACCACCGCAGCAGCACCGAGAGAAGAGCAAGAGAAGAUGCUGCAAGAAGCUGAAAUAGCAGCAGCAGCAGCAGCAGCAGCAGCAGCAGCAGCAGAAGAGGAAUCUGCUGCCCAGCAAUCGGAUGAAGAGCAGCUGAGUCCUGCAGCUGCUGCUAUUGCUGCUGCUGCAGCAGCAGAACGCGAAGAGGCAGCAGCUGUAUGUGAAGCAGCAGCAGGUGAACCAGAUACGUCGGGUGCAGCAGCAGCAGCAGCUGCUGCUGCCCCGACUGCAGCAGCAGCAGAAUCACCUAGCGCUGCUGCCAAUGCUGCACCAGCCACGCCAGCAGCAGCAGCAGCAGCAGCAGCAGCAGCAGCAGCAGCAGCAGCAGAUAGCACUAGAAAAGGUCUCAACCCGAACGCUCCUGAAUUCGUGCCUGUCUUUUCUGUCCCGUUGCUGCAGCAGCAGCAAUUGAAAAGGCCGCAGCAGCAGCAGCAGCAGCAACAACAACCCCAACUGCCGCAGAAGCAGCAGCAGCAGCAGCAGCAGCAGCAGCUUGGACGCACCCUCCCCCUGGCUUCUCGAAGCGUUUCGAGACAGCCGGCAGGAGGCGUAGCAACAACAGCAGCAGCAGCAGCAGCAGCAGCAGCGGCAGCAGCAGCAGCAGCAGCAGCAGCAGCAGGAGCAGAGACAGCAGAAGCAGAAGCGAUGGCGCUGCAGCAGCAGCAACAACUGGAUGCAGAUGCAACAGCAGCAGCAGCAACAGCAGCAACAGCAGCAAACGGCAGUAAUGAACGCAGACCCCACAAACAAAUGCUGAAGCAAGUGCAGCAGCAGCUGCAGAAGUUUGUGCAGAAAAAUGCCAAGGCCCCGCGAGCCAGCAGCAGCAGCAGCAGCAGCAGCAGCUCCCAGCAGCAGCAGCAGCAGCUGCUGCAGCUGCAGCAGGAGAGGGGCCACGAGCUGCUGCAGCAGCAGCACAACUCAGCAAACCUGCAGCAGCAGGAAGUGGGAUUCUGCCAUCUGCAGCAGCAGCCCCAGCAGGUAAGCCACUACGAGCUGCAGCAGCAGCAGCAGCAGCAGUACUACUGGCAGCAGCAGCAGCAGCAGCAGCAGCAGCAGCAGCAGCAGCAGCAGCAGCAGCAAAGAGGCACCUUGUGGCGCCCACGCAACGACAUCUCAGAGCACUGGAGGCCUCGCGUGUGUCGGCAGCAGCAGCUGCAGGCGCUGGAGAGGCAGCAGCAGCAGCAGCAGCAGAAGCAGCAGCAGCAGCAGAAGUACGACAGCGCUGCAGCAGCAAACAACUCAAGUCGCCUCAGACUUGCACAGGCUAUUAUCACGAGCCUUUCCGCCAGCAACAAGAACCAGCAGCAGCAGCAGCAGCAGCAGCAGCAGCAGCAGCAGCAGCAACUGGAGCUGCAGCAGCAAAUGCAGCAGCAGCAACAGCACAGCAGCAGCAACACUUUGCAGCUGCAGCAGCAACUGAAGCAGAAGCUGCAGCAGCAGCAAUUGCCGCAGCAACAGCAAUCGCAGCAGCAGCAGCAGCACCAGCAGCAGCAGCAGCAGCAAUAG